UCCAUGACUGUAUAUAAAUUCUAUUAUAGAUUUAAAGAGAAGUUGUCUGUGAUUAUUGUGCAUACACACUGUAAUAUUUCUGCUGGUUGAGAGGGUCUUAUGCCUUCUAUUUAUUGAAAUACCAAUAUCUAUUAAAUAACAAUUCUAUUAUUAUUAAAUCUUAAUUCUGAGAACCAUUUUAGCUCCUUUUUGAUUGUUGCCCUGUUUCCAAGGAGGUGUUCUAUAAUUUAUUAACCUUGUUUGAUAAUGUUUUAUUAUUAUCAAUAAUUAUAAUCAAAAUGACUAAUAUUUAAACAAUAACAAAAACACCUCUGACCCUUGACCUCCAAAAUAUAAGCAAUUUAUUCUUGAGCUGGAGUCGAUAUUAAUGAAACAGACAGACAUCCUGACAAUUGAAUUCCUCCAGCCUUGCCUCAGUACUGAGGCAUUUAAGGAAGGAUGAAAUUUAUAAUUAAAAAAUUUUUGGUCAUGCCUUCAGUAACUGGAGGAGGUGUGAUACUGUGCUACUCUCAUGUUACAUAAGGAUGUUUCUUGAAAGUCAGCUGAUUUGAAAAAUUUCCAACUGGUGAUCUUUACUUUGCAGAAUCUGUUUUGAUUGGUGACUGACUGCCUUAAGGGGUGGACUCUUGCAAGGCUUCUGUUGUGUUUAACAGGAGCCAAGAAACUAUGUGAGUGCUAUUCCUGCAGGUAAACAACUUGUACAGUGAUCUGCUCAUCUCAUCUGCUUCUGCUUUGGACUCCAUACUGUCAAGAAGCACCAUGGGAGAUCCAUUUGACACUGAAGAAAUACAUAAAUCCAUCAAAGAAGCGCUAAUAAAAAAUGACCGAAACUUAGCGGUUGCAAAGAUUAACGAGUACUUUGAUCGGCAGAAAAACAUCCCUCUGGAUAUCGCCAUCACUGGUGAGUCUGGUGCCGGUAAAUCCACCUUUGUGAAUGCUUUUAGAGGCAUUGACAACAGGGAUGAGAGAGCUGCUCCAACUGGUGCCACAGAGACUACCAUGGAGAUUACACCCUACCCCCAUCCCAAAUAUCCCAAUGUCAAAUUCUGGGAUCUCCCUGGGAUCGGCACCACAAAGUUUCCAGCUGACCAGUACAUCAAAUAUGUUGGAUUUGAAAGGUUUGACUUUUUCAUCAUUGUCUCAUGUGAUCGCUUCAGAGAAAACGACGUGAGGCUGGCUAAAGAGAUUCAGAGGAUGGAAAAGAAGUUCUACUUUGUUCGCUCAAAGAUUGACAACAACGUUCGUGAUGAGGAGAGAACUCAGAGAGACUUCAAUCUGGAACGAACCCUCAAAAAAAUCAGAGAUAACUCCAUUCAGAGUCUUCAGUAUCAUGGUUUCAAGUCUCCUCAAGUCUUCCUAGUGUCCAGCUUUGACCUGACACUAUACGAUUUCCCUCUGCUAGAGCAGACCCUGGAGCGGGAACUUCCUGAACACAAGCGGGACGCCUUCCUGUCCGCCAUGCCCAACAUCAGCCAAGAGGUCAUUGCCAAGAAGAAAAAGUCUUUUAAGAAAAGGAUCAAUUUUUUGGCUUCUCUCUCUGGAGUUGUAGCUAGUUUGCUAAUUCCUGGGCUUUCUAUGGGUGUUGAAGUAGGCAUGCUGGUCGGUGAGGUCAAGCAUUACGCUAAUCAGUUUGGUCUUGAUGUCGAUUCGCUGCUGAGCCUUGCCAGUUGCACAAAUAUUCCUUUUCAGGAAUUAAAGGACGUCACCAGUUCACCACUUUCAGCAACAGAGAUAACUACUGAGCUUGUAAUGAAAGAGUUUUCUCAAUGUCCCAGACUACUUUCAUUGAAAGUAGCAGAGGAAGGGAUCAGAUUCAUUCCAGGUUUUGGAAUCCCAACAGCAAUGACCCUCUCUUUCAUCACAACCCAAAAAGCUCUCAACAUUUUUCUCGAUGCACUCUCUGAUGAUGCUUACAAGGUGUUUAGAAGGGCUCUGGGUCAUAAAUUGAAGUAAUCAUGUUAAAAAGUCAGGCUGUCAGGAUUAAUAUGUCAUGAUGAUGUUAAGGUUAAGAGGUAUAAGGGAGAAAUGCUUUUUUUUCUUCUGUACCAUUUAGCUUUUUUCAUUUUAAGCAGGUUCAAAAUGGGGGAGUUGCUUUUCUUAGGACAGGUGUGUAGGAGGGCAACAUAUCCAGCUACCAUUUCAAAAAGUCCUGCACAUUGAUCAACCUGCAAAACAAAGGUUUGCUUGUUUGCCUGAUAAAACUUUCCAAAUAAACACUGCUUUUUUGCAAGUUGGACUGUCUGAGUUGUCUUUGAACUGUAAGCUGGUUCAAAAUAAAAGCAGAUUUACAUCCAAACUGGUCCUGUUAAAAAGUUAAAAAACAUACUUUUAUAUGUUAAAAAGUUCAAGUAUGUUACAAAGUCCUGU